AUUUCUCUCCCAUCUAUCGGUCUACCAGUAGGCCACUCCAUCCCUCACUUCCUCUCUCUCUGUUGACACAAGUUUCCCUCCCUUUCCUUCCUCUCUCUCGCUCUCUCAAUCUCAAUAUUCACCCUCCCUUAAUGCCUUUCUCUCUCACUUUCUCUCCCACCUUCCUAUCUCCCUCUCUCUCUCACCCCCUUUCUCUCUUACUAUUCCCUCUCCCUAUAAUGGACAAGAUGGCGCAGAUAGACAUGGUCACUCUGUUCAUUGCUCCUAAGCAACUUUUCAGUAUUUGUUGUUGAUAUUUCUCACACUAUUAGCUCAGAAUUUCCUUUGUAGUAUUACAUACAGGAGGCGUGCAUACCAUCCACCGCUUCUGAGUAUUUUACUCGCAAAUGUUCAGUCCCUGGACAAUAAAGUAGACGAGCUCAGGGCGAGGAUCUCCUUCCAGAGAGACAUCAGCGACUGUAAUAUACUCUGUUUCACGGAAUCAUGGCUCUCUCCAGAUAUACUGUCCCCGUCCAUACAACCAUCUGGGUUUCCAUUACAUCACGCAGAUGGGAAUAAAGAACUCUUCGGGGGAAAAAAAAAAAAAAAAGGCGGAGGUGUAUGUUUCAUGAUUAACUACUCAUGGUGUGAUUGUAGUAACGUACAGGAACUCAAGUCAUUUUGUUCACCUGACCUGAAAUACCUCACAAUCAAAUGCAGACCACAUUACCUCCCGAGAGAAUUCUCUUCAGUCAUCGUCACAGCUCUGUAUAUUCCCCCUCAUGCCGAUUCCACAACGGCUCUCAAGGAAAUACACUGGACUUUGUGCAAACUGGAAACCGCAUAUCCUCAGGCCACAUUUAUUGUAGCUGGGGACUUUAAUAAAGCAAAUCUGAGGAAAAGGCUACUGAAGUUUUAUCAACACAUUGCCUGUAGUACUCUCCUUUCUGGGACGGCAACAAGGCCCUUCCCAGCCUUCCUUCGGGCAAAUCAGAUCACGCCUCCAUCCUGCUCCUUCCUUCUUAUAGGCAUAAACUCAAACAGGAAGUACCCGGGGUAAGGACUGUUCAAUGCUGGUCUGACGAAUCGGAAUCCAUGCUUCAAGAUUGUUUUGAUCAUGCGGACAGGGAUAUGUUCCGGGUUGCCUCUGAGAAUAUUUGUCACACCCUGGCCUUGAGAGGCCAGUUGUCUUUAGUUGGUUUGGUCAGGGCGUGAGGAUCUAUGUUAUUAUUUCUUUGUUUAGAUUCUAGAUGUGUAUUUCUAGGUUUGGCCGGGUGUGAUUCCCAAUCAGAGGCAGCUGUCGCUCGUUGUCUCUGAUUGGGGAUCAUACGUAAGUAGCCUGUUUGCCUACCUUAGCUUACAUUUACAUUUACAUUUUAGUCAUUUAGCAGACGCUCUUAUCCAGAGCGACUUACAGGAGCAAUUAGGGUUAAGUGCCUUGCUCAAGGGCACAUUUACGUCAUUUAGCAGACGCUCUUAUCCAGAGCGACUUACAAAUUGGUGCAUUCACCCUAUAGCCAGUGGGAUAACCACUUUACAUUUUAUUUUAUUUUUAUUUUUUGGGGGGGGGGGGAUUGAAGGAUUACUUUAUCCUAUCCCAGGUAUUCCUUAAAGAGGUGGGGUUUCAAAUGCCUCCGGAAGGUGGUGAGUGACUCCGCUGUCCUGGCGUCGUGAGGGAGCUUGUUCCACCAUUGGGGUGCCAGAGCAGCGAACAGUUUUGACUGGGCUGAGCGGGAACUAUGCUUCCGCAGAGGAAGGGGAGCCAGCAGGCCAGAGGUGGAUGAACGCAAUGCCCUCGUUUGGGUGUAGGGACUGAUCAGAGCCUGAAGGUACGGAGGUGCCGUUCCCCUCACUGCUCCAUAGGCAAGCACCAUGGUCUUGUAACGGAUGCGAGCUUCAACUGGAAGCCAGUGGAGUGUGCGGAGGAGGGGGGUGACGUGAGAGAACUUGGGAAGGUUGAACACCAGACGGGCUGCGGCAUUCUGGAUGAGUUGUAGGGGUUUAAUGGCACAGGCAGAGAGCCCAGCCAACAGCGAGUUGCAGUAAUCCAGACGGGAGAUGACAAGUGCCUGGAUUAGGACCUGUGCCGCUUCCUGUGUAAGGCAGGGUCGUACUCUCCGAAUGUUGUAGAGCAUGAACCUGCAGGAUCGGGUCACCGCCUUGAUGUUAGCGGAGAACGACAGGGUGUUGUCCAGGGUCACGCCAAGGCUCUUCGCACUCUGGGAGGAGGACACAACGGAGUUGUCAACCGUGAUGGCGAGAUCAUGGAACGGGCAGUCCUUCCCCGGGAGGAAGAGCAGCUCCGUCUUGCCAGGGUUCAGCUUGAGGUGGUGAUCCGUCAUCCAUACUGAUAUGUCUCCCAGACAUGCAGAGAUGCGAUUCGCCACCUAGUUAUCAGAAGGGGGAAAGGAGAAGAUUAGUUGUGUAUCGUCAGCGUAGCAAUGAUAGGAGAGGCCAUGUGAGGAUAUGACAGAGCCAAGUGACUUGGUGUAUAGGGAGAAAAGGAGAGGGCCUAGAACUGAGCCCUGGGGGACACCAGUGGUGAGAGCACGUGGUGCGGAGACAGCUUCUCGCCACGCCACUUGGUAGGAGCGACCGGUCAGGUAGGACGCAAUCCAGGAGUGAGCCGCGCCGGAGAUGCCCAGCUCGGAGAGGGUGGAGAGGAGGAUCUGAUGGUUCACAGUAUCAAAGGCAGCAGACAGGUCUAGAAGGACAAGAGCAGAGGAGAGAGAGUUAGCUUUAGCAGUGCGGAGAGCCUCCGUGACACAGAGAAGAGCAGUCUCAGUUGAAUGACCAGUCCUGAAACCUGACUGGUUGGGAUCAAGAAGGUCAUUCUGAGAGAGAUAGCAAGAGAGUUGGCUAAAGACGGCACGCUCAAUAGUUUUGGAAAGAAAAGAAAGAAGGGAUACUGGUCUGUAGUUGUUGACAUCAGUGGGAUCGAGUGUUGGUUUUUUGAGAAGGGGUGCAACUCUCGCUCUCUUGAAGACGGAAGGGACAUAGCCAGCGGUCAAGGAUGAGUUGAUCAGCGAGGUGAGGUAGGGGAGAAGGUCACCGGAGAUGGUCUGGAGAAGAGAGGAGGGGAUGGGGUCAAGCGGGCAGGUUGUUGGGCGGCCUGCAGUCACUAGUCGCAAGAUUUUAUCUGGAGAGAGAGGGGAGAAAGAAGUCAAAGCAUAGGGUAGGGCAGUGUGAGCAGGACCAGCAGUGUCAUUAGACUUAACAAACGAGGAUCGGAUGUCGUCAACCUUCUUUUCAGACAUUAGCUGUGGGAUCUUGUUCCGUGUUUAGGCUUGUAUGUGUAUAGCCUGAGGACUUCACGUUACAUUGUUUAUUGUUUUGUUUAUGUUUAUUGAGUUUAAUAAACAUGUUCGCAUACCACGCUGCACCUUGUUCUGACCCGUCUCUCAACGAUCGUGACAGAAGAUCCCACCAAACGAGGACCAAGCAGCGUGGCCAGAAGCAGACAUCCUGGACAUGGGAGGAGAUCCUGGAUGGUAAGGGAUCUUGGACAUGGGAGGAGAUCCAGGCUGGGAUGGAUCGCCAUCCUUGGGAACAGACAGAGGAAGCCCGGGUUAGAGAGGAUCAACGGCGACAUCAAUGAAGUCGGCAGAAGAGGAAGCCCUAGAAGCAGCCCCAAGAAAAUGUUGAGGGGGGGGGGGCUCACAGGGUGGACGACGAGGCAGCAGGAGGCCGGGAAAGGGCUGACUAGAGAGGAGGAGGACGCUAUUUUAGAGGUCCUCCAAGACCUGCGGAUCGAGAGAGAAGAGCCCCGACCACUGCACCCGGUGGGGUUCCAGUUGGAGUCCCUACGACCAUGGGAACAGGAAUGGGAACAGUUUUACACUGGGGAGUCGGAGGAUGACGACGACAAUGAGUUUCUGUUCCCUAACUCGUGGGGCCAGUUCCCAGCCCGGUACGCGCCGUGUCUGUUUCUCGCACCAAGUCAGUGGUGUGUGUUCCCAGUCCGGCACGGUCCGUGCCUGCUCCUCGCACCAAGCCAGUGGCGCGUGUUUCCAGUCCGGCACAGCCCGUGCCUGCUCCCUGCACCAAGCCAGUGGUGCCUGUUCCCAGUCCGGCAUGGCCCGUUCCAGGACAGAAACACGCACCUAAAAUAGAGUCAGCAGGUACAGUCGGUCCGUCCGGAUCUUUGGAGGAACGUAUCCAACAGCAGGCGAGCAGGAUCCAGGCGCUCGGCAGCGCAAUGGUGCACAUGGUGAGUACAUUGGAGCGAUGGGAGAGAGGUGGCGUUUCUACAACUCCUCCAACCACACAUCUCACCCGACCUCCAGCGACGGUCCCCUGCAGGGAGCUCCUAAACGUGUCGGUGCCCAGUCUGGGGCCGUCAACCAGUCCUAUUACAGGGCUGGAAUUUUCCUCUUUAUCGGUGCCCAGGAUGGGCACAGCGUUUAGUCCUGCUCCAGAGAUGGGGAUGGAUACGGGUCCGGAAGUUUGCUCCACUCCGGAGCCAGAGCAGUCCGCUCCACCAGUGCCCGAUCCAGCUCCGGUCAGCGGCUCCAUUCCGGAGUCAGAGCAUUCCGCUCCACCGGGGUCCAGUCCUGCUCCAGUCAGCGUCUCCACUCCGGAGCCAGAGCAAUCCACUCCACCGGUGCCUGAUCCAGUUCCGGUCGGUUGAUCCACUCCGGAGCCAGAGCAGUCCGCUCCACCGAGAUCCAGUCCAGCUCCGGUCUGCGGAUCCACUCCGGAGCCAGAGCAGUCCGCUCCACCGGUGCCCAGUCCAGCUCCGGUCAGCGGCUCCACUCCGGAGCCAGAGCAGUCCGCUCCACUGGUGUGUGUAUCCAGUCCAGUACGGCCCAUACCAGCUCCUCCCACCAAACCAGUGGUGCCUGUUGACCAGCCCGGUAUGCCCCAUACCUGCUCACCGCACCAAGCCAGUGGUGCGUGUCCCCAGUCCGGCGCGGCCCGUUCCUGCUCCUCGCACCAGCCCUGUGGUGUGUGUCCCUAGUCCGGUAUGGCCCAUCCCUGCUCCUCGCACCAAACCAGUGGUGCGUGUCACCAGCCCGGUACGCCCCGUACCUGCUCCCCGUACCAAGCCAGUGGUGCGUGUUCCCAGUCCAGUACGGCCCGUCCCUGCUCCUCGCACCAAACCGGUAGUACGUGUUGCCAGCCCGGUAUGCCCCGUACCUGCUCCCAGCACCAGGCCAGUGGUGCGUGUUCCCAGUCCGGCCCGGCCCGUUCCUGCUUCUCGCACCAGACCUGUGGUGCGGGUCUCCAGUCCGGCCCGGCCCGUUCCUGCUCCUCGCACCAGACCUGUAGUGCAUGUCCCCAGUCCGGCCCGGCCCAUUCCUGCUCCUCGCACCAGACCUGUAGUGCAUGUCCCCAGUCCGGCCCGGCCCGUUCCACCGGCCUGUUUUGCUGCUUCAGGACCUGGAAGACUUGCUGUGAUAAAUGGAACCAUGAAUUCUGCUGUCUACCAAAAAAUCCUGAAGGAGAAUGUCCGGCCAUCAGUUCGUGACCUCAAGCUGAAGCGAACUUGGGUUCUGCACCAGACAAUGAUCCAAAACACACCAGCAAGUCCACCUCUGAAUGGCUGAAGAAAAACAAAAUGAAGACUUUGGAGUGGCCUAGUCAAAGUCCUGACCUGAAUCCUAUUGAGAUGCUGUGGCAUGACCUUAAAAAGGCAGUUCAUGCUCGAAAACCCUCCAAUGUGGCAACAAUUCUGCAAAGAUGAGUGGGCCAAAAUCCCUCCACAGCGCUGUAAAAGACUCAUUGCAAGUUAUCGCAAACGCUUGAUUGCAGUUGUUGCUGCUAAGGGUGGCCCAACCAGUUAUUAAGUUGUAGGGGGCAAUCACUUUUUCACACAGGGCCAGGUCGGUUUGGAUUUUGUUUUCCCUUAAUACUAACAACCUUCAUUUCAAAACUGCAUUUUGUGUUGACUUGUGUUAUCUUGAUCUGAAACAUGUAAGUGUGACAAACAUGCAAACAAAUAAGAAAUCAGGAAGGGGGCAAACACUUUUUCACACCACUGUACAUACAUACAUACAUACUCGAACUCCGACAUUGCUUGUCCUAAUAUUUCUAUAUUUCUUAAUUCCAAUCAUUUACUUUUUAGAUAUAUCUCUCCCCCUCUCUCUAUCUCUCUCUCUCACGCUCUCUCUCUCUCUCUCUCCAUAUCUCUCCCCACCCUCUCUCUCUCUCUCUCUCUCUCUCUCUCUCGCUCUCUAUCUAUCGCUCUCGCUCUCUGUCUCUCUCUUUCUCGCUCUUCCUCCCUCUCUCUCUCCCUCUCUCUCACUCUCUCUCCAUAUCUCUCCCCCACCCUCUCGCUCUCUAUCUAUUGCUCUCGCUCUCUGUCUCUCUUUUUCUCUCUCUCUCUCUCUCUCUCUCUCUCUCUCUCUCUCGCUCUCUCUCUUUCAGCUCUCAGGCAGAGGCGAAUUGUUCAAAGCCCUGUUUGCUGUGAUUUGUCAGUGUGUCAGCUACUGCAGCAAACAGCAUAGUUUAAUACGCAUUUACUUUGACUGGGACUCUCUUACCCCUUGUGUGUGUGCGUGUGUGUUUCCUUGUGCGUGUGUGGUGCUCUGGGAGGCUAUAGAUUAGAUGUCAGACAUUGCUGCAGAGCAUUCUAUCAGAGCCAGUCCUUUGAUGGCUCAAAGAUCUGUCCAGGAGUUUGGAGGGGAACAUACAUUUAGAUUAAAAAGAAGGCUAUCUUUUUCACUUCUCCUUUGUUUUUUUUCUCCCUCUUCAAUCCCUCUCUCUCUAUCUUUCUCUCGCUCUCUCUCUCUCCCCUCUCUCCCUUUCCCUCUCUUUCUCUCGUUCUCUCUUUCUCUAUUAUCCACACUGAAUAUGUUAUAUCUUUCAAUAUUUUUCACCAUUCAGGGUUAUGUAGAGAGGGAGAUAAAGAGAUUUGAACAAAGAGAGAGAUGGAUAAAGAUGAAUGAAUAUACUGUAUAUUGUAGAGGUAAUGGAAGCCAUAGGGGAAUAAAAUGCCUGGAAAAAUGGAAGCUGUUCCAGGAUAUCAUUAAAUUGCAAUGUGUGUGUGAGUGUGUUUGUCCUAUCUAACUCUCCCCUCUCGCUCUCUUCUGUCUCUCUGCAGCACCUCAUGAGAUCUGUAGAGAUGAGUACCUUGUAGCCAUGACCUGGAAAAGUGCCUCGGCUGGAGAAACAGUCUACAACAAGUGUCCGACUAACGCCACUGGUAAACCAUGCUUCACUUGUAGUAUAGUACACUUACAGUGGGGAAAAAAAGUAUUUAGUCAGCCACCAAUUGUGCAAGUUCUCCCACUUAAAAAUAUUAGAGAGGCCUGUAAUUUUCAUCAUAGGUACACGUCAACUAUGACAGACAAAUUGAGAAUUUCUUUUCCAGAAAAUCACAUUGUAGGAUUUGUAAUGAAUUUAUUAGCAAAUUAUGGUGGAAAAUAAGUAUUUGGUCACCUACAAACAAGCAAUAUUUCUGGCUCUCACAGACCUUCUUUAAGAGGCUCCUCUGUCCUCCACUCGUUACCUGUAUUAAUGGCACCUGUUUGAACUUGUUAUCAGUAUGAAAGACACCUGUCCACAACCUCAAACAGUCACACUCCAAACUCCACUAUGGCCAAGACCAAAGAGCUGUCAAAGGACACCAGAAACAAAAUUGUAGACCUGCACCAGGCUGGGAAGACUGCAUCUGCAAUAGGUAAGCAGCUUGGUUUGAAGAAAUCAACUGUGGGAGCAAUUAUUAGGAAAUGGAAGACAUACAAGACCACUGAAAAUCUCACUCAAUCUGGGGCUCCACGCAAGAUCUCACCCCGUGGGGUCAAAAUGAUCACAAGAACGGUGAGCAAAAAUCCCAGAACCACACGGGGGGACCUAGUGAAUGACUUGCAGAGAGCUGGGACCAAAGUAACAAAGCCUACCAUAAGUAACACACUACGCCGCCAGGGACUCAAAUCCUGCAGUGCCAGACGUGUCCCCCUGCUUAAGCCAGUACAUGUCCAGGCCCGUCUGAAGUUUGCUAGAGUGCAUUUGGAUGAUCCAGAAGAGGAUUGGGAGAAUGUCAUAUGGUCAGAUAAAACCAAAAUAGAACUUUUUGUUAAACUCAACUCGUCGUGUUUGGUGGACAAAGAAUGCUGAGUUGCAUCCAAAGAACACCAUACCUACUGUGAAGCAUGGGGGUGGAAACAUCAUGCUUUGGGGCUGUUUUUCUGCAAAGGGACCAGGACGACUGAUCCGUGUAAAGGAAAGAAUGAAUGGGGCCAUGUAUCGUGAGAUUUUGAGUGAAAACCUCCUUCCAUCAGCAAGGGCAUUGAAGAUGAAACGUGGCUGGGUCUUUCAGCAUGACAAUGAUCCCAAACACACCGCCCGGGCAACGAAGGAGUGGCUUCGUAAGAAGCAUUUCAAGGUCCUGGAGUGGCCUAGCCAGUCUCCAGAUCUCAACCCCAUAGAAAAUCUUUGGAGGGAGUUGAAAGUCUGUGUUGCCCAGCGACAGCCCCGAAACAUCACUGCUCUAGAGGAGAUCUGCAUGGAGGAAUGGGCCAAAAUACCAGCAACAGUGUGUGAAAACCUUGUGAAGACUUACAGAAAACGUUUGACCUGUGUCAUUGCCAACAAAAGGUAUAUAACAAAGGAUUGAGAAACUUUUGUUAUUGACCAAAUACUUAUUUUCCACCAUAAUUUGCAAAUAAAUUCAUUAAAUAUCCUACAAUGUGAUUUUCUGGAUUUUUUUUCCUCAUUUUGUCUGUCAUAGUUGACGUGUACCUAUGAUGAAAAUUACAGGCCUCUCUCAUCUUUUUAAGUGGGAGAACUUGCACAAAUGGUGGCUGACUAAAUACUUUUUUUCCCCACUGUACUAAGCUAUAAUGUAAGUAUACACUGUAGUGAUUUAGUCUAACUGCCUACAGCAAGUGUCUGACUAGUACUAGUACUUAUCUUUGUAAAGUUUCUUUGGCACUUGUAAGGCCUACAGAGUGCUGUACGGUUGACAUAGCAUAAAGUGUGUGUGAAGAAUAAAUCCAGGUUAAUAUUGUGGUAAUAUAGAUUGAUGUUCUGAAGUAUACGUCAUAGCAGGCAGACGCAGUCCUCAGGCACUCACUCAGUCAGACCCUACAGCAACACACUGCCUAACAGAUGAGGACUUUGAAGUUUGUGUCUGUGUGUGUGUGUGCGUGCAUGCACACAUGUGUUUGUGUGUGUUAGGAAUCUAUUAUCCUGCAUGAAAUGGUUUCCACCAGAGAAUGUAGUUAGUAAGGUGUACCCUGGGGGAGAAUUUUCAACAGUUUCUGUGUUUCCCUCUCAAUAACGCAGGUUGGCAUUUAUUAGGAUGACUCAUGUACUGGAGGCAGCUCUGCAGGGUAGUCACUAGCUGGUACAGCCACAAGGUCAUAAAACCUGCCUCAAUAAUUGUGUACAUGUAUACUGUAUGUGACCUUAUACAGUAGUUGUCAGGUGGAUGGUUGACCUCAGCUAUACAUGACUUACGAUGUUGGAAACUGUUCAUGUUCAGAAGUAUAUAUCUUAGUCAUAGCAGGUGCCUACUCCGACACAGUCCUAAGGCAGUCACUCACUCAGCCCUAAUAACAACACACUGCACUGUUUAAAAAAAUAUAUCCUGUUGAUAUAUGAUAACUUACUGGCAGCCAGGGGGACAAUGUUCAGCUUCACCAUAUGCUUUUUCUGUGUUUCUCUCUCAAUAACUGUGUACAUGUAUACUGUAACCUUACACAGUGGUUUUGUAUUAGAUCAUGUCAGGUGGAUGGUUGACCUCAGCUCUACAUUAUGGAUGAUUUACUAUGUUGGAAAAAUGACAAUAGCAUGUAUGUAGUUAUUAGAUAACAUAAAACCAAAGAACUAUUGGUGUCAGGAUUUACUUCUUCACGUUCUCGUUCACUCACUCUCUCUCUCUCUCUCUCUCUCUCUCUCUCUCUCUCUCUCUCUCUCUCUCUCUCUCUCUCUCUCUCUCACCCUCCCCCUCUCUUUCUCCCUCCUUCUCUCUCUCUAGGAUCUGCUAGUCGUCGUUGUUUGCUGGACGCUAAUGGAGUUGCUUACUGGGGUCCUCCGAGCUUCGCCAGAUGCGUCUCGAUGGAAUUCAGAUAUUUACAUUUAUCUGUAAGUCCCUUUUGCACGCUCUCUCUAUUCACAUCUUAUUUAUUCAAAUACAGUUUGUAUUGUAUAACAUGCUCAAUGAGCCACCUGUGCUGCAAUGUUAUUGUGAAUGCAUUUUUAGUAAGCUACUGUAAAACUUAAAUUAAUAGCCAGGGCGUUUAUUUGCUUAAAUCACUGAACACAACAGGCACUUAUUAGAGACAGGCUUCUAUUUGAGCCAGGUGUCUGGUGUCAGGUGCCAUAUUUUGCUAAUUUGCAUAGUUAAUUGUUUAAUGUCAGCAUUCACUUCCAGCGUUUCAUACAUUUCCUAAUGUGUUAUCAAUUACCCUGACCUACAAAGGCAAAGUGCAGUAACUACAAAUUUUGUCAAAAAUCUUUGAUCUGUUUUAAUGGCCAGGUAUAUUAUUUGUUUAAUGUGGUAUUUAGUUUCUUGACACAAGACAAAGUACCAGAAAUUGCUAUUCUCUAAACAGAAAAAUACUUUGUUGUCAUAUUUUGCACUUAAUUGUUUUACGUAGUUACUGCACUUUGCCUUUGUAGGGCAGUACACACUGUGUCCAUUUUUGUUGUCUUAGUAUGCCUCUUUAAAAACAUAUUAAACCUCUUUGACUGCAUUUAUGGCAGUUCUUACUUUCGCCUCUAAAGGGUGAUCGGACGAUUUCUAGGGGUCUCUACUCCCGAAGUCAUUGAUAGUUUUUGUGCUUACCAGUUAGAUAGCAGGUCUCAGCUGUUAGCAGCUAAUGGCUAGCAGUAUCUUACUGGUUAUUUACAUUUACAUUUACGUCAUUUAGCAGACGCUCUUAUCCAGAGCGACUUACAAAUAGGUGCAUUCACCUUAUAGCCAGUGGGAUAACCACUUUACAAUGUGUUUUUUUUUUUUUUUUUGGGGGGGGGGGGGGGGGGGGGGUAGAAGGAUUACUUUAUCCUAUCCCAGGUAUUCCUUAAAGAGGUGGGGUUUCAAAUGUCUCCGGAAGGUGGUGAGUGACUCCGCUGUCCUGGCGUCGUGAGGGAGCUUGUUCCACCAUUGGGGUGCCAGAGCAGCGAACAGUUUUGACUGGGCUGAGCGGGAACUAUGCUUCCGCAGAGGUAGGGGAGCCAGCAGGCCAGAGGUGGAUGAACGCAGUGCCCUCGUUUGGGUGUAGGGACUGAUCAGAGCCUGAAGGUACGGAGGUGCCGUUCCCCUCACAGCUCCAUAGGCAAGCACCAUGGUCUUGUAACAGAUGCGAGCUUCAACUGGAAGCCAGUGGAGUGUGCGGAGGAGCGGGGUGACGUGAGAGAACUUGGGAAGGUUGAACACCAGACGGGCUGCGGCAUUCUGGAUGAGUUGUAGGGGUUUAAUGGCACAGGCAGGGAGCCCAGCCAACAGCGAGUUGCAGUAAUCCAGACGGGAGAUGACAAGUGCCUGGAUUAGGACCUGUGCUGCUUCCUGUGUAAGGCAGGGUCGUACUCUCCGAAUGUUGUAGAGCAUGAACCUACAGGAUCGGGUCACCGCCUUGAUGUUAGCGGAGAACGACAGGGUGUUGUCCAGGGUCACGCCAAGGCUCUUGGAUGAAAAUGGAUGACUGCCAUAAUUUCUUCAAAUCAUUAGUGAAUUACUUAAUGCAACAAAUCAAACAUUAAACCUCAUAAACAAUUCAUGGUAAUUAAUGGUAACCUAAUAAAGCAUUUAUUUAGACCCAGCGUUUGUUUGAAACAUGGGUUUAUUUGCUGAAAUGUGUGGCGUUGCCCGGCUAUUAAAAAGGACAGGCGGUUAUUUGAGAAUGAGUGUUUUAUGGUACCUUCUGUUAAGACAGUACAUAAUAAAACACAGAGGAUUUUCAGAAAGUUGCCGGUUCAUAGCUAAGCCAUUUGAAAUGUACAUGUACCUUAUGUAGCCAUUUUAGCCUGUCUUCCACUUCCUCAAUAUUUCCGUGGCUAUUUCCAAACUAUUAACAACCAUCCUCUUCUAGCCCAGCCUGCAGCAUGAAUAAACUCAAUAGCAAAACAGAUCAUUAAUAUACAAUUUGUCCUCAAAGACUGACCUGGCUUAGCAAUGGAAUAAAAUAAUGAUUUGUCCUCCCACAUCCUACUUGUUUACGCAACAAUAGACGUGGGAUUGUAUUCAUAAAGUUUAUUAAGAAUAUGAGUGCUGAUAGGAUCAAUUUUGGCGUUUAAAUAAUAAUGAAUACGAUUACAUGAACAGGUGGGACCUGAUCCUAGAUCAGCACUCCUACUCGGAGAUGGUUUAUAAAUACUGGCCCUGAUUAACUUUCUAUGAAAAUUAAUGGCAUUGUCACCACUCUCUUUCUCUAAUGAGUUUUUCCAUUUAUCCAUUGAUUAAUGAAUGCGUUGGUUAAUCAUUGGCUGACUUCCUGCUGCGUGACCUCUGACUUCCUGUCUCCGUGGCGAUAAUUGAAGCCAGCGGGGGUUGGGGGGGGGGGGGGGGGGGUCCAUUAGAUGUGCUGUGAUUGGUUGAUUGCACUGUUAGCCUAGGCCUGCGCUAACUGCUAACCUUUCAUUAGCAUGGGGAUGUGGUUCAUUAGGUUUGAUUGCUGUUGUGACUGAGGACUACCGUUGUCUCUCUCUCUGUGUGUGUGUGUGUGUGUGCGUAUGUUUAUGUGUGUGCGUAUGUUUAUGUGUGUGCGGAUUUCAGUGCCAUGCAGCAUUGUGAAAUACAAAUAGUAACCGAUAUCUAUCCAGUGCAUUUAUGUCUGCAAAAGUCCUUAAUGAAGAGUAAAGGCUGAGGGAUAGGUACUUGACCAAGGUUCUGGUCAUUCAUGUAAUUCACUAUCUACAUACCUACCUACAAGAUCUGCUGAACACAAGCAACAAUAGAGGAGCAAGAUUAACUAUUGUAUGGCUCAGAGGUCUCAGAUCUCUCUUUCUCUACCUCACCUCCAUCUCUCUUUCUCUACUCUCUACCUCACCUCCAUCUCUCUUUCUCUACUCUCUACCUCACCUCCAUCUCUCUCUCUCUCUCUCUCUAUAUAUAUAUAUAUAUAUAUAUAUAUAUAUAUAUAUAUAUAUAUAUAUAUAUAUAUAUAUAUAUAUUUCUAUCUCUCUCUCACUCUACCCCACCUCUCUCUAUCUUUCUGCCCUCUCUUUCUGCCCAUACCUCCCUCCCCUAUCACUCUCUAACCUGUGUUUCUCUCCCCACUCUCCUCCUCCCCUGCUGUCUCCAGUUGCGAGAGCAUCUUGCGAAGGGUCAGAGGACCCUGGCUGGAGAGGGCAUGUCUCAGGUCGUGAGGAAUCUCCUGGAGCUCUUACAGAGGAGGAGCUAUUACAGCGGUGACCUCCUGUUCUCCACGGAGAUUCUCCGAAAUGUGACGGACACCUUCAAGAGAGCAACCUACAUCCCAGUACCCGACGACGCGCAGGUGGGUGGGGAGGGUGUACACACACAAACGUGUGCGCACACACACACACACACACACACACACACACACACACACACACACACACACACACACACACACACACAUAAACACAAACAUUCAAGAGAGCAACCGACAUCCGAGCUCCCGACGACAUGCGUGUGUGUUGGGAGGGCACACACACACACAGACACACACACACCCGGCGACGUGCUGGUGGGUGAAGUGGGCUAUACACACACUUACAGGAAGUAACAGACAUAAACAAAACAAACACCUACAUCCCUACAUGUUGCAUGCACACUCACAUACCUCAGCACUAAGUCAACCCUCCCCCUCUUCUCUCUCCUCAGAAAUUCUUCCAGGUAGUCAGCUAUAUGUUGGACAUGGAAAACCUAGAGAAAUGGGAAGACGCUCACCGGGUAGGCUUUUAAACUGUUAUUUUAGUGUGUGUGUGUGUGUGCAUGUGCGUCAGAGUGUCUGGCUCUGUCACGGUUGGAUGAAUUUGAUUGCAGUGUUUCUGUCAUUGUGAGAAGAGUCGUAAAAACACACCUGUUCACCAUUCAGGACGGAUCAUACACCAUACUGUGUGCACAUACUGACAGUGUGUGUGUGUGUGUGUGUGUGUGUAUUCAUAUUUUGUUGUUAAUAAACAAUGCAUAUGACCCCCUCCUCCAUGCCCUUGAGUCAGGCUGGGUUUAUUUGCCAUCUGCAGCCAGUAAACAAUAACACGUAGACACAGGACAUAAUGACCCAAACAUACUCUGAGUGUACAAAACAAUAGGAACACCUUCCUAAAAUUGAGUUGCACCCCCAUUUGCCCUCAGAACAGCCUCAAUUCGUCAGGGCAUGGACUCUACAUGGUGGGAUGCUGGCCCAUGUUGACUCCAAUGCUUCCCAUAGUUGUGUCAAGUUGGCUGGAUGUCCUUUGGGUGGUGGACUAUUGUUGAAACACACCGCAAACUAUUGAGUGUGAAAAACCCAGCAGCGUGGCAGUUCUUGGCACACUCAAACCGGUGCCCCAGGCACCUACUACCAUACCCCGUUCAAAGGCACUUCAAUCCUUUGUCUUCCCCAUUCACCCUCUGAAUGGCACACAUACACAAUCCAUGUCUCAAUUGUCUCAAGGCUUACAAAUCCUUCUUUAACCUGUCUCCUCCCCUUCAUCUACGCUGAUUGAAGUGAAUUUAACAGGUGACAUCAAUAAGGGAUCAUAGCUUUCACCUGGAUUCACCUGGUCAGUCUAUGUCAUGGAAAGAGCAGGUGUUCAUAAUGUUUUGUACACUCAGUGUAUAUUAUUACAACACAUAUCCAUUAUCAUAACAUAAACACACAACAUCAGCACACAUAUAUGCACACACACACACAGACGAAGAUAGCUGCUUUUUUUAGGAAGGUUUUACCUACCUUAGUUCAAUGCACUGACUAAGAUGCUCUGGAUAAGAGUGUCUACUAAAUUACCAAAAUGUAAAUGUGGAAAGAAUGAGAGCACAGCAUUGAAAUAUGAAUGCAAUAAUUAGGUUAUGGUGUUUUGACAAUCAAAUGAGAUGAUGUGCUCUAAGCAAGCCACUGCAGACAAUCAAAUGAGAUGAUGUGCUCUAAGCAAGCCACUGCAGACAAUCAAGUCAUAAACGUACUAUACCAUCUGUUACCACUAACAUAGGCUUUGUCUCAAAUGGCACCCUACUCCUAAUGUAGUGUACUAUUUUUCACCAGGGCCUAUAGAGCUCUGGUCAAAAGUAGUGCACUAUAUAGGGAAUACGGAGCCAUUUGAGAUGCAUCCUCAGUAGAUGUACAUUAAAAGGCAUUAUGUCCCACAUCUGCUAAUUAACUGGCUAACCAGUACGAGCAAGCCAAUGACUGUUGUAAUGGGUUGGUUGGAUAGAGGACCAAGCCAAUGACUGUUGUAAUGGGUUGGUUGGAUAGAGGGCCAAGCCAAUGACUGUUGUAAUGGGUUGGUUGGAUAGAGGACCAAGCCAAUGACUGUUGUAAUGGGUUGGUUGGAUAGAGGGCCAAGCCAAUGACUGUUGUAAUGGGUUGGUUGGAUAGAGGACCAAGCCAAUGACUGUUGUAAUGGGUUGGUUGGAUAGAGGACCAAGCCAAUGACUGUUGUAAUUGGUUGGUUGGAUAGAGGACCAAGCCAAUGACUGUUGUAAUGGGUUGGUUGGAUAGAGGACCAAGCCAAUGACUGUUGUAAUGGGUUGGUUGGAUAGAGGACCAAGCCAAUGACUGUUGAAAUGGGUUGGUUGGAUAGAGGGCCAAGCCAAUGACUGUUGUAAUUGGUUGGUUGGAUAGAGGACCAAGCCAAUGACUGUUGUAAUUGGUUGGUUGGAUAGAGGACCAAGCCAAUGACUGUUGUAAUGGGUUGGUUGGAUAGAGGACCAAGCCAAUGACUGUUGUAAUGGGUUGGUUGGAUAGAGGGCCAAGCCAUUGACUGUUGAAAUGGGUUGGUUGGAUAGAGGGCCAAGCCAAUGAAUGUUGUAAUUGGUUGGUUGGAUAGAGGACCAAGCCAAUGACUGUUGUAAUGGGUUGGUUGGAUAGAGGACCAAGCCAAUGACUGUUGUAAUUGGUUGGUUGGAUAGAGGAUCAAGCCAAUGACUGUUGUAAUUGGUUGGUUGGAUAGAGGACCAAGCCAAUGACUAUUUAAUGGAUUGGUUGGAUAGAGGACCAAGCCAAUGACUGUUGUAAUGGGUUGGUUGGAUAGAGGGCCAAGCAAAUGACUAUUUAAUGGGUUGGUUGGAUAGAUGACCAAGCAAAUGACUGUUGUAAUGGUUUGGGAGGAUGGAGGCUCUGGGUGGUAAUGGCUGUGGGGUUGUUGGUGAUUCUUUCUUCUUGUGACACUUCCUUGAGGCAACAUGAACUUAACAGGAACAGAAGAGACACUUAGCUUGGUGCAUGAAAUGAGAGAGAGAGAGCGAAAUAGAUAAAUGAGAGUGCAUUGUUCAAUAUUUGUGUAUGGAAGAAAGUUGUUUUCAUGAUAUUUCUCUCUCUCUGUCACUCUCACACUCUUCCUUCUCUUACCCUCCUCCCCCCUUCUCUCUCUCUCUCCCUCCCUCCCCCUUCUUUCUCUUUCUCUCUUGCUCCCUCCCCCCUUCUCUCUCUCUCUCUCUCUCUCUCUCUCCCUCCCCAUUUCUCUCUCUCUCCCUCCCACCAUCUUUCUCUCUCUCCCUCCCUUCUUCUCGCCCCCUUCCCAGGUUUCUCCUGGUGCAGCCCAUCUCAUGCGUAUCUUGGAGGACUUCAUCCAUCUGAUAGGAGAUGAUCAGAAACCCUUCCAGAGUUUCCUGGUGGUCACCAACAACCUCAGUGAGUAGUCAGUUUAACACUCACAGGUAGUGUUGCAAAAUUCCCCUAACUUUCCAUAAUUGUUCAACCCUAUCCUCAACGCUCCCAAUUGUCACUAAUCAUAAGUUAAUAACUCUAUUCUUAAUUAUUUUGUCACAUCAUUUGCCUUUCCUUUAGUCAGCACCUCUCUACCUAUUAUGGUUGUACGUCAACUCAUGUUUUGUAUUUGUAUCCAUGGUGGUAAUGAUAUGUUUUGUCUCCAUAGUGAUAACGAUUUGUUUUGUCUCCAUAGUGAUAACGAUACAGCGAGAGCCUGUGACAGCGGUGUCCAGUGACAUCAACUUCCCCAUGAAGGGUAGGAGAGGCAUGAAGGACUGGGCUCGAUCCGCUGAAGACAAACUCUACAUCCCCAAAGAGGUCUUCACCCUCACCUCUGAUGGUGAGAGAUCAUCAUCGUCGUCCUCAUCAGGAUUAUUGCCAUCAUCAACAUCGCCAUCAUCAGCAGCAUCAUUGGUGUCGUCUACAUCAUCAUCAUAAUCACACUCCUCAUAAUAAAAGAUGUCUUUAAACAUCCUCUAAAGACUCUCCCUGACCUCACCACACUUAUGUCAAGAUGUCCUCACAAGAUGUGUGAAGAGUAAUACAGGUGGUCCUAAACCCUGUUCGGACAGGAUUUAGGUCAGGUCAUUCGUAAUAUUAAUCCCAUCCGAAUCUGCCAUGUCAAUAUUUAUUCUUGGCGGGAAGGAUAUUAUCCCAGCCCUAAAAACAUUCUGUUUUUCAGGAAACUCCCAGGUCCUCUGAUAAUACUUACAGUGGGGAAAAAAAUAAUUUAGUCAGCCACCAAUUGUGCAAGUUCUCCCACUUAAAAAGAUGAGAGAGGCCUGUAAUUUUCAUCGUAGGUACACGUCAACUAUGACAGACAAAAUGAGAAAAAAAUAUCCAGAAAAUCACAUUGUAGGAUUUUUAAUGAAUUUAUUUGCAAAAUAUGGUGGAAAAUAAGUAUUUGGUCAAUAACAAAAGUUUCUCAAUACUUUGUUAUAUACCCUUUGUUGGCAAUGACACAGGUCAAACGUUUUCUGUAAAUCUUCACAAGGUUUUCACACAUUGUUGCUGGUAUUUUGGCCCAUUCCUCCAUGCAGAUCUCCUCUAGAGCAGUGAUGUUUUGGGGCUGUCGCUGGGCAACACAGACUUUCAACUCCCUCCAAAGAUUUUCUAUGGGGUUGAGAUCUGGAGACUGGCUAGGCCACUCCAGGACCUUGAAAUGCUUCUUACGAAGCCACUCCUUCGUUGCCCGGGCGGUGUGUUUGGGAUCAUUGUCAUGCUGAAAGACCCAGCCACAUUUCAUCUUCAAUGCCCUUGCUGAUGGAAGGAGGUUUUCACUCAAAAUCUCAUGAUACAUGACCCCAUUCAUUCUUUCCUUUACACGGAUCAGUCGUCCUGGUCCCUUUGCAGAAAAAACAGCCCCAAAGCAUGAUGUUUCCACCCCCAUGCUUCACAGUAGGUAUGGUGUUCUUUGGAUGCAACUCAGCAUUCUUUGUCCUCCAAACACGACGAGUUGAGUUUUUACCAAAAAGUUAUAUUUUGGUUUCAUCUGACCAUAUGACAUUCUCCCAAUCCUCUUCUGGAUCAUCCAAAUGCACUCUAGCAAACUUCAGACGGGCCUGGACAUGUACUGGCUUAAGCAGGGGGACAAGUCUGGCACUGCAGGAUUUGAGUCCCUGGCGGCGUAGUGUGUUACUGAUGGUAGGCUUUGUUACUUUGGUCCCAGCUCUCUGCAAGUCAUUCACUAGGUCCCCCUGUGUGGUUCUGGGAUUUUUGCUCACCGUUCUUGUGAUCAUUUUGACCCCACGGGGUGAGAUCUUGCGUGGAGCCCCAGAUCGAGGGAGAUUAUCAGUGGUCUUGUAUGUCUUCCAUUUCCUAAUAAUUGCUCCCACAGUUGAUUUCUUCAAACCAAGCUGCUUACCUAUUGCAGAUUCAGUCUUCCCAGCCUGGUGCAGGUCUACAAUUUUGUUUCUGGUCUCCUUUGACAGCUCUUUGGUCUUGGCCAUAGUGGAGUUUGGAGUGUGACUGUUUGAGGUUGUGGACAGGUGUCUUUUAUACUGUUAACAAGUUCAAACAGGUGCCAUUAAUACAGGUAACGAGUGGAGGACAGAGGAGCCUCUUAAAGAAGAAGUUACAGGUCUGUGAGAGCCAGAAAUCUUGCUUCUUUGUAGGUGACCAAAUACUUAUUUUCCACCAUAAUUUGCAAAUAAAUUCAUAAAAAAUCCUACAAUGUGAUUUUCUGGAUUUUUUUCCCUCAAUUUGUCUGUCAUAGUUGACGUGUACCUAUGAUGAAAAUUACAGGCCUCUCUCAUCUUUUUAAGUGGGAGAACUUGCACAAUUGGUGGCUGACUAAAUACUUUUUUUCCCCACUGUAUCUUGUGCAAAUUGACAUCCCUGUGUUUUGAGAGGUAUUACAGAGUUUAACAGGUACUGCACCCAGUUUGAGUGAGAAAAUGGGAACAAGUUCAUGAUUAAAACAAAGUGCUAUGCAUGUAAACUUCAGAUGAAUAAAAAUAAAAAUACAGGGGGCAGUUUGGUAUAACUUAUCCUGUCCGAAUCUUUCUCUGGAAAAACAGACAUGCUGGGGUAAUAAUUAGGUAACUGACGAUCAGUAGUAAUUCUAGUCCCGUGCAAAUAGGGCUUUAGAGUAUGUUAUGUCAGAAGUCCUCAAAACACACACUUUCUUAUAUAAUCUCUAAACAGCAAGAGAAAGUAACAAGCCUGAUCAUCUGUACAAAGUUCUAGGUCAUGACCAUGUCAGAGAUAAGAUUAUCAGUCAUAAGGGGGUUUCAAGGCUAGAAUCCUUCAAGCUUUUAACCCAAAUCAAUCAUUAUACUACCAUAACAGGGAACAAUUGUCUCCCGUCCUACUUUGAACCCCUUUUGAAAUGGAUCUACACUGCUCACAAUCAAUCUGUAUUCCCUUGCACAGUGGUAGACACAGGGGGAAAGCAGAGAUUUUGGGGAGGAAUUGAGUUAGAAAUGGAUAGAAAAAUAUAUAUAGAGACAGAUAGAGAGACAGACAUAGAGAAAGAGAUGAGUAUAUAUCUGUUUCUGAUCCUGUCCUCUGCCCCCUCAGAAUAACACAUGCCCCACAGGAAAUUACAAACACACACACCAAACACACACACAUAUGCACACACUGACUUCCUGUGUGCCCCCUGCCAUCCCCAUGAAAGGUUACAAUGGUGUCAGCAGUGUCUGGGGUCUCUGUCUGGCUCUGAGGACACAGCUCCUCUCUCUCUCCCUCUCUCUCUCUAUUUAUCUUCCCCUCUCACCAUCUAUAUCCCUCUCUCCCUCCCUUUCUCUCUCUAUCACUUUCUCUAUCUCUCGAUCUGCCUCACCCUCUCUGACAGGGCCUUUCUCUCCCUCUGUCUCUUCUUCUAUAGUCAGAGUGAUAGCAAGAGAAUGACGCUGGUGGUAAGAGGUCAGAGUGGCUCCAUUCAUUGGCGGUGCAGAGAGCUCAUUGUGACCAGUGGUCUGAUGUUUAUCAAAAUGUUUGGUUCAUUACACCUGUUAUCAAAGCCAUUCUCCCACAGACAGUCCCACUGAUGGGCUCAAUAGGAUCAAGACUUGCUGUAGCACAGACAGAGUGCAAGUGCGCACACACACACACACACACACACACACACACAUACAAACAUACACACACACACACACUCACAUUCAACCUCGUAAAAUAGAAUGAUCCAAUGACAGAAGUUCAGGGUGUAAUAAAGAAAUAAAUACAUUACAUGGUUUAUUAAUUUAUACAUAGCACUAUAACACAGAUAUGACAGAUAGGAGUUGCUAUAGAGUCAGCUACCAUCCUCAGUAGUUAUCCAAUCUAAGUUGUCAAUGCCAGGAGGUUUGUCAUUAUUGAUUGAUAGCAAUAGUUUUUCCACCUCUCCCACACUAACUUUACAAAAUUCUAACUUACAAUGCUUUUCUUUCAUGAUUAUUAUUUUUUUUCUCAUGAAUACAAUGGCUCGCUGUUCGUUGUUGGCAUUUCCUGCCAAACUUUGCCCACUUUGCCAAUGAAGUAAUCAUUAAAAUAAUUGGCAUCAUCAAAUGGUUUUGUGAUGAAUAAGACAUCUGAUUCGAUGAAAGAUGGAGAUGAAUGUGUCUUUCUGCCAUAAUUUCAUUUAAAGUCCAAAGUAGUUUUUUCUCAUCAUUCUUUAUAUCAUUGAUCUUGGCUUCCUACAGUUUAUUCUUCUUUUUGUUGAGUUUAGUCACAUCAUUUCUAAAUUUGCAGUAAGUCAGCCAGUCAGAUGUGCAGCCAGACUUAUUAGCCACUCCUUUUGCCACAUCUCUUUCAACCAUUCAGUUUUUCAAUUCCUCAGCAAUCCAUGGAGCCUUAACAGUUCUAACAAUCAGUUUCUUAACAGGUGCAUGUUUAUCAAUAAUUGGAAGAAGCAAUUUCAUAAAUGAAUCAAGUGCAGCGUCUGGAUGCUCCUCAUUAAUCACAUCAGACCAACAAAUAUCUUUAACAUCAUCCACAUAAGAGUCACAGCAAAAUCUUUUGUAUUAUCUCUUAUACACUAUUUUAGGCCCAGCUUUUAGAACCUUGGCUUUCCUGGUUAUAACCACGACAGUAUAUUGUGAUCACUUUAUCCAAUGGUUAUGAAUACAGCCUUAGAACACAGUUCUACAGAAUUUGUACAAAUGUGAUCAAUACAUGUGGAUGAUAUAGUAUAGUUCCUGUAGUGUUUGCAAACACCCUGGUAGGUUGAUUAAUAACCUGAACCAGAUUACAGGCACUGUUUACAGUGAUAAGCUUCCUCUUGAGCGGACAGCUUGAUGAAAACCAGUCAAUAUUCAGGUCCCCACGAAAGUAGACCUCUUUGUUUACAUACACCAGGGGUGUCAAACUCAUUCCAUGGAGGGCCUAGUGCCUGCAGGUUUUUGGUUUUUCCUUUCAAUUAAGACCUAGACAAUCAGGUGAGGGGAGUUCCUUACUAAUUAGUGACCUUAAUUAAUCAAUGAAGUACAACGGAGGAGCGAAAACUCGCAGACACUCUGCCCUCCAUGGAAUGAGUUUGACACAUGCGACAUACACUAUCAAGCAUUUCACACACAUUAUCUAGAUCCUGACUUUUAGCACUUGGUGGCCUAUAGCAACACCCCAAAAGAAUAAGCUUUAGAUGAGGCAGGUGAACCUGCAACCAUAACACUUCAAUAAUACUUGACAUGUGAUCUUUUCUAAGCAUUACAGGUAUAUGACUGUGAAUAUACAGUGGGGGAAAAAAGUAUUUAGUCAGCCACCAAUUAUGCAAGUUCUCCAACUUAGAAAGAUGAGAGAGGCCUGUAAUUUUCAUCAUAGGUACACGUCAACUAUGACAGACAAAUUUAGAAAAAAAAAUCCAGAAAAUCACAUUGUAGGAUUUUUAAUGAAUUUAUUUGCAAAUUAUGGUGGAAAAUAAGUAUUUGGUCACCUACAAACAAGCAAGAUUUCUGGCUCUCACAGACCUGUAACUUCUUCUUUAAGAGGCUCCUCUGUCCUCCACUCGUUACCUGUAUUAAUGGCACCUGUUUGAACUUGUUAUCAGUAUAAAAGACACCUGUCCACAACCUCAAACAAUCACACUCCAAACUCCACUAUGGCCAAGGACACCAGAAACAAAAUUGUAGACCUGCACCAGGCUGGGAAGACUGAAUCUGCAAUAGGUAAGCAGCUUGGUUUGAAGAAAUCAACUGUGGGAGCAAUUAUUAGGAAAUGGAAGUCAUACAAGACCACUGAUAAUCUCCCUCGAUCUGGGGCUAGAUCUCACCCCGUGGGGUCAAAAUGAUCACAAGAACGGUGAGCAAAAAUCCCAGAACCACACGGGGGGACCUAGUGAAUGACCUGCAGAGAGCUGGGACCAAAGUAACAAAGCCUACCAUCAGUAACACACUACGCCGCCAGGGACUCAAAUCCUGCAGUGCCAGACGUGUCCCCUUGCUUAAGCCAGUACAUGUCCAGGCCCGUCUGAAGUUUGCUAGAGUGCAUUUGGAUGAUCCAGAAGAGGAUUGGGAGAAUGUCAUAUGGUCAGAUGAAACCAAAAUAUAACUUUUUGGUAAAAACUCAACUUGUCGUGUUUGGUGGACAAAGAAUGCUGAGUUGCAUCCAAAGAACACCAUACCUACUGUGAAGCAUGGGGGUGGAAACAUCAUGCUUUGGGGCUGUUUUUCUGCAAAGGGACCAGGACGACUGAUCCGUGUAAAGGAAAGAAUGAAUGGGGCCAUGUAUCGUGAGAUUUUGAGUGAAAACCUCCUUCCAUCAGCAAGGGCAUUGAAGAUGAAAUGUGGCUGGGUCUUUCAGCAUGACAAUGAUCCCAAACACACCGCCCGGGCAACGAAGGAGUGGCUUCGUAAGAAGCAUUUCAAGGUCCUGGAGUGGCCUAGCCAGUCUCCAGAUCUCAACCCCAUAGAAAAUCUUUGGAGGGAGUUGAAAGUCCGUGUUGCCCAGCGACAGCCCCAAAAUAUCACUGCUGUAGAGGAGAUCUGCAUGGAGGAAUGGGCCAAAAUACCAGCAACAGUGUGUGAAAACCUUGUGAAGACUUACAGAAAACGUUUGACCUGUGUCAUUGCCAACAAAGGGUAUAUAACAAAGUAUUGAGAAACGUUUGUUAUUGACCAAAUACUUAUUUUCCACCAUAAUCUGCAAAUUAAUUUAUAAAAAAUCCUACAAUGUGAUUUUCUGGAUUUUUUUCCCUCAUUUUGUCUGUCAUAUAUGACAUGUACCUAUGAUGAAAAUUACAGGCCUCUCUUUAAGUGGGAGAACUUGCGCAAUUGGUGGCUGACUAAAUACUUUUUUCCCCCACUGUAUACAGCAACACCUCCUCCAUAGGCAUUCCGGUCUCUUUGGUAAAUGUUAUAUCCUUGUAUUGCUACUGCGGUUCACAAUUUUGUGGCCCCCUUUCACCCUACAUUGCUAUCAAAAGUCUGAUGGCACUAUGGUGUGAUAAGAGUAUCUGCUAAAUAACCUAAAUGUAAAUGUAGAUGUAAAAAGUAUUACUCUAAUGAGCUCCGCCCCAAAACAAGGCCAAUGACAAUACCCAAUGUGCUUUGCAGUUGUUCAUUUUCACAUAUACAUUUACAUUUUGGUAAUUUAGCAGAGUGACAGUGCGUUCAACUAAGGUAGAUGAACAACAACAUAUCACAGUUAUAGCGAGUAAGAAGUUUCUGUAACCUUUACUGAGAAUGUUGUUGCUGUUCGGCUGGCAACUUGCAAAUGUAUUUUUGUAUUUUAAAAUACAAAAUAGAUGUAUUUUAAUUAAAUACAAUACUUUGCAAAAUUAUCUUAUAUUUUAUUUAGAUACAUUUGUCUUUAGGGUAUUUUGUAGUUUUAUUUUGUAAUUAUAAUUUGUAAUGUAUGCCCAUCCCUGGUAAUGAGUUUUUGGUCUGAUUAAAUGUAGGAGUGUCACCCCUCGCUUCCACCCAGACAGUUUUACCCACAAUGCAGUGGGCAUCUAUCUGCAUGUUAAUGCACACUACCUUCAAUUAGGAUCCAUCACAGUGACUGCUCUCCAUCGUCGUAGUCAUCUUCCUCUCUCUCUCUCUCUCUAUCUAUCUCUCUCAUCUCAGAUUCUCUCGCUUUCGUCUCUCUCUAUUUCUCUCUCUCUUCCUGCUUCUAUCUCCUGUCUAUCUCCCCUCACUUUCUAUCUCUCUCUCGAUAUCUCUCUUUCCUCUCUCUCUCUCUCUCUCUCUACCUCUCUUUAUCUAUGUAUAUCAAUUCAAUCAAUUAAGUAAAUUAAGGGCUCUUUAUUGGCGCUUGGGAAAAAAUAUGUUUAAUGCCAAAGCAAUAAAUAGAUAAUAAACAAAAGUUUAAAAUAAACAAUAGACAAAUUACAGUAAACAUUUAAAUCACAAAUCUUCCAAAAGAAUAAACAUAUUUAAAAUGUCAUCUUAGGUUAUAUCCCGUGUUAUAAUGAUGUGCAAAUAGGUUAAAGUACAAAAAGGAAAAAUAAAUAAACAUAAAUAUAGGGUUAUUAUUUACAAUGGUGUUUGUUUUCUUUCACUGGUCGCACUUUUCUCUGUGGCAACACAGGUCAACAAAUCUUGCAUGAUGUGAUGGGCACCACUGUGGUAUUUCACCCAAUAGAUUAUGGGGAGGUUUAUCCAAAUGGAUUUGUUUUUUUCAAUUCUUUUGUGGCGGUAGGGUUAAUCUGAUGGGAGGAGGGGGUUCUUCAAAGGGGCAUAAAUGUAAUGGAUCUCGAAGUAGAUGCGGAUAGAGAUGACUUCUCGCUCUCUAUCGUUUCGGAUUAGUCUCGCUCUCUAUCGCUCGUAGACUAGAUCUCUCUCUAUCUCGCGUCUCUCUCUCUCUCUCUCUCUCCUCUCUCCUCUCUCUCUAUCUCUCUACUCUCUCUCUAUCUUAUUCUGUUAUGCUCUGUGUGUUAGAUUUUGGAUGACUCACCCCAUGUGCUUGAUGAGAGCAUAUUCCCUCCUUUCUCCUCCUUUCUACUUCCUCCAUCUCUCUGCUCUUCUCCUCAGCUGAAAGGGGCCAGGGAGGAAGAAAGAGGUGGGGAGACUCAUCUCUCAGACUAAGCUAUCUCCCUCUCUCCUUCCCUCCUCCCCUUCCUCCUUCAUCCUUCCCCUCUUCCUCCCUUCGUCCCUCCCUCCAGACAGGGUGACAUUUACAUAGGGACACCGCCUCUCUAUGGGAUCCAGCUGUUCUCUCAGAGACACUGCUCUGGGGAGGGAGGGGUGAAGGGAGAGAAAGAGAGGGGGAAAUCAGAGGAAGCACAGAGGAGCAAGAGACUCUUUGGCCUGUUGAAAGGGACGAAGAGGUGAAAAGGGUAUGGAGGGAGGAAGGGAGGGAACAAACAAAAAUUGUUAGAAAAGUUCUGAAAAGACGAAUCAAAGAAGGAGUUGAAAAAGGGAAGAGAUGGUGUGAGGAAGUCUAUAUGGACUUCUGAGUUCAGUACAAGAGAGUUUUUUAUCUUUUCACUUCUGUCUACCUCUAAAUGUAAUUCUCUAUCUAUUGGCUCUCAGCUCCUCUCAGCUGGUUGGUGAACCUUUAUCCCUCGACCUCUACAGGUUGUCUGCUGUGUGUAGUGUUACAUGUGUAUUGUGUUUGUGUUUUUCAGAAACAGAAACACAGACUUCAUAUUUUGUCAUCGGAGCCAUCCUGUAUCGGACCUUAGGAGUCAUCCUACCUGCCCCCAGGUGAGUGUUCUUCCUCUUCCAUCAUCAUGUCUGCAUCACAAAUGGCACCCUUUCCCCUUUAUAGGGCACUACUUUUGACCAUCCUACUGCGUUUCAUCGUUUCAUUUAGCACUUUCCUGGAAUUCCCCACCUUUUCCUGGUAAUUUCCCAACUAAACCCAAUUUUUAAGGAGCACUUAUCUAUCCCAAUCAGAAUGAUCCAUCAUAACUCUAUGGUUACAUUUACAUUUUAGUCAUUUAGCAGACGCUCUUAUCCAGAGCGACUUACAGUUAGUGAGUGCAUACAUUUUCGUACUGGUCCCCCGUGGGAAACGAACCCACAACCCUGGCGUUGCAAGCGCCAUGCUCUACCAACUGAGCUACAUGCUGAUGGUAGUGCUUUGGUGUCAGGCCUUUCCAUGUCAUGGCUUGGCUAUUAGGAUUAGUUACCGAGUGAUACACUUUAAGUCCUAAAGAGACCUAAUGAUAUCCAUUAACAAUGACAAGAGAAUCAUCUCCCUUUUAUUUUCAACCUUCCCCCUCUAUUGGUUAUUUUCUCCGUAGAUUUUUACCCCCCUCCCUCUAUCCCUCCUUUCCUUCUCUUUCUCCAUAUGUUGUUUCUCUACGGUCCUGGUGCUAAUAUCCAGGUCAGGGCUCCUGUCUCCUGGUGCUAUUAUCCAGGUCAGGGCUCCUGUCUCCUGGUGCUAUUAUCCAGGUCAGGGCUCCUGUCUCCUGGUGCUAUUAUCCAGGUCUGGGCUCCUGUCCAUGUGUGGCUAACUAGGGUCUACAUCCCAAAUGGCACCCUUUUCCCUUUGUAGAGCACUACUUUUGACCAGGGCCCGAUAGAGUGCCAUUUGGGAUGCAUACUAGGUUCUGUGUAGAGGCCUAUGGUAGUGUUGUGGGGCUAGUUGUGGGGCGGUCGUCUGUUGAAUGCUAAUAUGUUGAGGACUGUGUGUUUGUUUAGGGCUUUGCUCUGGGUUGCUUUGGGUUUCUGUGUCUCAUUAGCUUUAAGAGAGCACCCUCAGAAGCCUCCCAAAUGCUCCAGGGGGGUCAGGCGGGUACCAUGUUCCUGCUAUUGAGGCUUGCUGACACGCACACACACACAUGCACACACACACACACAACAUCCAACCUUACCCCCUCCACCCCACUCAACCCUGCGAUCUUGCUCUUUUUGGAUUUUUAACCAGACUCAUUCCAUUCUCUCUGUCUCUCUUUUUUUCAGAGCCCCUGCUGUGAUCAACUCGAAGAUUCUGACGGUGACGGUCCGACCAGAACCCAAACCCAGUGAACCCAUGGUGGUGGUGGAGCUGUCCCCGCUGCUCAAC